CACAAAAGCUGGGAAAGAAACAACCCAACAAUAUGUGGUAGAGUUAAAGAGUUGGGGCCUGGGGAAGGGACACGGCCUUCUGGGCAAUCCCAGAGAUCUGGAUUUGGUCUUCAUGCAUGAGAUUUGGCAUAGGGAUGUUGUUGGUUGUCCAAUGGAAUCUGGGCAUCCAAGAGACUCCCCCAUGUCUGCCCCCUCCCCGGACCUGGAAAUUAUAUAUCCUCUCAUCGUGUAAAUGGUGGCCGUAAAGGCCCCAGUUACGCAACAGGGGAAAUGCGCAAUUUCCGGAGCCUCCAUUGUGGUGCAUGAUGGAGGCUCCGGAAAUUGUGCAUUUCCAUGUUGUGUAAAUGGUGGCCGUUAAGGCCUCAUUUACACAAUGGGGGAAAAUGUGUAAUGGCUGCCAAAUGGUCCUCAGGCCUUGCCGAGCCUCAAAAGAAGCUUGCGUGGCCCAUGAGCAGUGGUGGACACUGUCCGGCGAAUCGGAUGUGGUUGAGUUCACCCACCCCUAGUUUUGCACCCAUGUUUUACAGCCAGCGAUAUAUAGAAAUAGCAUCUCAAAGGCAUAUUUGUCAAAAGCCCAUAGAUCUGUGGGACUAUCCAGUGCUUCGUACAGCCAGAGAGAUUGAGAAGUGAUUCGGAACUGCUGCAAUUCCUCCACUGAGUAAUUUCCUCAUCUUCUUGGGAGCCAGGCUGCUCUUGCCAAUAUCCAGGGACUCUUGUAUUUCUCCAUGCCCUAAUGACAGAAGAAUUUCAUAACAGUGUUCCCUUGAUUUUGCUCCACUUGCCAGUUCCAUGCAAAAGCUGGGUCUCUUUCUGACCUCUGGCAUAUAGUUUUACCCAUGGCAAGCAAAUGAGGUGGCAAGAUCAGAACAGAGAUAAAUUUAUUUUACCCUGCCAAGAGGUAGCUCCUCCCAUGGUGUGAACAUAGGCUUUAUGGCCAUUGAGCUUCAUGACAGAGGGGCAGCUACCGUCUCUCCAGGUGUUACUUGUAAGAGCUUCAGCUCUCAACACUCAAAUUGCCACUUGAGAGGGAGCUGCGAACUGAUACGGAGCAGUAGCACAAUCCCAUCCGGGAGAAAAACACACACGGUGAGUCCAUAAUUCACAGGUGGGUUAGGUAAGUCAGGAGUGCAAGGGAAGUCAGAGCACUUCAGUCAACCAAAAUGACUAGAUAAGAAGUCACAGUGUCUUGAGCCGCACUGAGUCAUAUACAGACAAGACAGUUACUUUAUACAUAGAUGCUUAUAGAGUAUAUUUUAAAUCAUUUGUUCUCCAACAACAACAGCAAAUAUAUUUAAGACAAUUGAACGCACCCAGUAUUUCUCCUUUACUUUUAUAGCUUUGUGCUUGAACAUGAUAUGUGAUGUGAUCUCUUACUGUAAACUUCAUUUUUAUCCGUAUUUCCUGAUGUCAUGUUUAUUUUAUGUUCAAUAGAAAAUUCCCAAUUUGUUCUCUGUGGUAUUAGCCUGUGUGAGGCCUUAUGGACCUUACUGAGCAAGAAUUUCUCUCAUCAUGUUGUUUUUUCUCCAGGUCAAGCUGGCAGCCAGUAAUAGGCCAAAAGCACUUUGGUUCAAAAAGGCUCCUUGGUAUACUUAAUAUCAUCACUGCUGUAAAAGAAAACUUUUUUUUUUUUGCCACGUCAUUCAGAGAGACUAGAACAACUCCCAACUAGGGCUGCGCAGGGAACCCCAACCUGCUUCGGGGGCUGAAUCUGAACUUCUGAUUUGGCCCUGAUCUGCUUCACCCCAAUUCGGGCUCGGUACAAACCACUCCUGAGGCAGAUUGCUGUUUUCCAGGUGCUCCUGGGAAAGCUGGUCAUGAAGCCUACUGGGAGUCUAUUAUACUCCUCUGACCUUAGCAGCCAUCCAUCCUCCAUGAGAGCCGCCAUUUCAAAGGAAGAUGGGGGCUCCGUAGCUAACUAUCGCAGCUAUAAAGGGCUGAAUUGGCCUGUUUUGGUUCGGGAUCUGAAUCUGGACCCCAAAAGGGUGCACUGCCCUAGUUACAAUAGGGAGACAUGACAGAGGCGUACAAAAUUAUGCAUGGUGUGGAGAAUGUGGACAGCGAGACAUUUUUUCCCCUCUUCCAUAGUACUAGAAUCUGGAGUCUUCCUAUGAAGCUGAUUGAUGGGAGAUUCAGGACAGUCAAAAAGAAAUACUUCUUCACACAAUUUUUGUUGUUCUUUGUAGAUUGGAAAGUUCACCUUUUCUGCCCAACUUGCAUGAGGAGCACUUGUGUAAUGGAAGUGUGUGUUUAAAUAUGAGUGGGAAAAGAGCCAGAAUGGGUAUAAAAUAGUUGGGGGUCUCUUUGAGCAGUUGAAUGGGAAUGCCCAAGAGAUCUGAUAAAUUUGGGAUCCUCAGCCCCAACUAUUUCUAAGAUGUAGAUAUUAGGAAAAAUGUAUAUGACUGAUGACAGUGCGAUAUGGCACCUGGCUGCAAUCCUUUACCCAGUUACCCUGGAGUAAGACCUACAGAAUUGUAUACAUAUCUACUCCUACUUGAGUAGAUAUGUAUAAAAUUGUGCAGCUAGUGGAGGAACUAGAAGCUAGGACUAAGGGGAAUGAGGGUAGAUGACCAAAGCCACAGCCCAGAUUAUUUUCUUAGAGUCCAAGGUGAGUAAACUGCGUUGUGCUCUGUGAGUUGUUUAUCAGAGCAGGGUCCGGAUGUUGGCAGGUUGAAAAUGUCAAGUGAAAGGAUUAGUUCCCAUUCCUUUGAGAAGCUAAUACUUACAACAACAUCUCUUGUUUAUUGUACUUUGGGCUUUCAUAGGCAAGGACUAUUUCACCACAUGCAGAAGGGGGAUGGUAAAGUGGAAGAUUUAUCCUCCUCUUUCGUUUCCUUUUCUUCCUCCUGUUUCUUUAAAGCUUGAUGGUAUUGCCACUUCUCCAACUUCAUAAUGCCAAGAAUCUCAGUGUAAUUUUUUAUUCUUCCUUAACUUUUUUGGCUUGCUAAUUUAAAGUGUCCAAAAAUAAUGUCAAUACCAAUUUUAUGUUUCCCAAAUACAUGUAUUUCUCUCCUGUUAUCACUAAAAUGCGUAAGAACUUAACAACAUAAGAAGAGUUCUGCUGGAUCAGACUGAAGUCCCCAAGAUAAUUAAAUUGCAAAAUCAAAGAGGGCCAGGAUCUCUUCUCAAUUCACCCAGAGUGCUGGACACAUAAUAAUGGGCUCAAGUUAGAGGAAGCCAGAUUCCAGCUGGACAUCAGGAAAAAUUUCCUGACUGUUAGAGCAGUAUGACAAUGGAACCUAGGGAGGUUGUGGGCUCUCCCAAGUAGAGGCAUUCAAGAGUCAGCUGGACAACCAUCUAUCAGGCAUGCUUUAGGGUGGAUUCCUGCACUGAGCGGGGGGUUGGAGUCAAUGGCCUUAUAGGCCACUUCCAACUCUACUAUUCUAUGAUCCUAUUAUUCAAAGUUGAAACAAACUAAAAGGUGCUAGCCUUUAGUCCAUUUUGUUCCAUGGCUAAUGUUUGCAGGGUAAUAGUAUGCUUGUUUGUUGUACUAUAUUUUUCUGUACUUGACCACUACUUCAUUCAUUUAGUGGUUGCAGUAGGCUGAAUCUGUGGGUGUGGAUAUGAGAAAGGUGAUGGGGAAGAGUGUUAAAUGUUAGGAAAGGUGAGACUAUGGUCAUCCAGUGAAGGUUUUGCAGUCAGAAAAGAUAUUUGAGGGAAGGGGAGACUGUAUCACAGAGCAUAGCAAAGGUACAGCAAAAGCUACAAAAGUAAGAAUGAGUGAAGUUAAUUCCAGAUACAUUGAAUGUCUCGCUUGAUCUUUAUUCCAGUGAUUUUAACAUUAAGAUGUUAUGUAGAACAGGUUCGUCUUAAUUGUGUGCUGUGACCAAGGCCAUGUUUGGGUGCUGGUCAUGUUGGUGAGCAUGCCCCUUUGGGGGCUGGACAUGUUGGUGGGCCUGCCCCCUUGGGGGUGGCCAUGUUAUCCUCGUUUUCAGUUUCCAAAAUAUGGUCAUCCUAUGUGUGUUUUAACAGGUGCCCAAUAUUGCCUAACCCUGGUGCCGGCCCUAACCAGUGGUAUCUAUGGUUCUUUCCAUUGGCCAUCUAAGAAGCAUUAAUGAAGGAUGGAUAAUGCUGAUAAUCCAUAAGCUACCAGCUCCCUCUGUAUUUGUGGCAUUACUUGAUUUCCACUGUAGCCUCAUAAUAUCAAGUAUGAGCUAGCAUACAUUAUAUACUAUGAAAAUGCACUGAAUCAACAUUUUCAAGGCCUGACAAUCAUCACCCCACUUGCUAUUCAUUAAUGAAAAACAAUGAUGCCAUGGCAACCAGCUUUUCUUUCUAUCUGAAGAAAGAGGUAUGCUGGAGGUGUAUGUAUGUGUGGGGUAGGGUGGGGGCAGGGGUAGGGUGUUUUGCUUUUCUAGGUUACAACCGUAACUUUCCCAUCCACGUGUCCCAUAAAAGUGAAAUACAGGCGGCAAAGUUUUUGUUUUCCAUCUGAGUGCUAUAAAAUGGAACUGGAGAGCGUGCAGGGCUGCAAGCUGCUUCCCUCACAAGUUAUGACAAACAGAAGCCUCUGAGGAAGCACUGGAGUUUGUCAAAAAGAAAAUACUGCCCUGAGUAAUAUUUUUUGUUUUAGUAAUUGUUACGAGAUGGGGUAUGUAGACAAUGAAAAUGUUGGACAUGUUGGUGAGCACGCCCACUUGGGGGCUGGGCAUGUUGGUGGGCAUGCCCCCUUGGGUGCGGCCAUGUUGUCCUCCUUUUUGGUUUCCAAAAUAUGGUUACCCUAGUACUCUGUAGGAAAAUAAAAUGAGGGUUACUUUCAUCUUUCUACUUAUCGGGGUCUGAUAUGGGUUAUGGUUGGGUAUCAUAUCUAUAUUUCUGCUCAUCUUUCUGAUUCUGGGGAGGACCUAACAUAGAGGGGGUUGGAACGGGGCAAGUAGGGAACAUUUGUAUCAGAGUUAGAUGCUUGGGGAUAAUAGGAAUAGGUAUAUAUAUAUAUAUAUAUAUAUAUAUAUAUAUAUAUAUGGGAGGGGUAAGUUCAUAGUAAUUAAGUAGGUCUCAUAAUUGUAACCAGAGUAUUAGGUAGUUUCCAGAACUAGUAACAAGGAUAGAACUGGAGGUGGUAUGGAGAAAUAUAGCAUUGGGAGGGGGUUCGAAAUGAGCAUGGAGGACUGGUUUCAACUGGGAAAAGGGGAAGUACAGAAGAGUUGUCUAACCACAAGGACAGAGACCCCAGUUUCCUUUAGAAUAAACAAGUUAACCACAAGAACAGGGAAGCUGGUCCCGGGUUGCCCUGACAACUUACCGUGAGAGGAAGGUAGGAUUUCCAGAAAGAGGGAGUCCUAAAAUAUCUGUGGACCAAUGAAUUCAGAAAGUUGGAAGAUAUCCGGGGAAGGCUUUGGUGAUGUCAAUUUAAGUAUUUAAGAGUAGACACACAGGAAAAGGGGGGCUCUUCUUUCUUCUCUCGGACAAUUAAAAGACCUUAAACUAACAUUCGCAGUAGCUUGGGCCUCUAAGGCCUAAAGCCACGUUCUUUCUCAGAGAGGGAAAGAGAGUCCUUUACCGGUGUCGUAUUUGGGGAGGAACGGGUAUGUGAGUAUGAUUUAGUUUUGCUUUGCUGUGUGGAGGUUCCAGAGUGCUUGUCUAAUUUUCAUAUUAUAUUAAUAAAUGCUUUAAAGUACAUUUUGGUUUUUCCUUAAUUCUUUUGGUUGAGUGGAAUCAAUUGUUCUGGUUCUGGGUACUACAAGCCAUCACCUGCUAGCUAAAUAAGGUAGGGUGACCAUAUUUUGGAAACCAAAAAGGAAGACAACAUGUCCGCCCCCAAGGGGAUGUGCUUACCAACAUGCCCAGCCCCCAAAGGGGUGUGCCCACCAACAUGCCCAGCCCCCAAGGGGGCGUGCCCACCAACAUGCCCAGCCCCCAAAGGGGCGUGCCCACCAACAUGCCCAGCCCCCAAGGGGGCGUGCCCACCCAAACAUGACCUUGGUCACAUGUCUGAUUUCACAGCACACAAUAAAGACAAACCUAUUCUACAUAACAUCUUAAUGCUAAAAUCACUGAAAUAAAGAACAAGCGAGAUAUUCAAUGUAGCUGAAAUUAACUUCACUCAUUCCUACUUUUGUAGCUUUUGUGAUAGUCUCCCCUUCCCUCAAAAAUCUUUUCUGAUGCACCAGUUGCAGGGGAACAUGGGUGGGAGGGUGCUGUUGCACCCAUGUCCUGCUUUUGGAUCUCUGGUCGACAGCUGGCUGGCUAAUGUGUGAACAGAGUGCUGGAACAGAUGGACUUGAUCCAGUAUGGCACUUCUUAUCUUCAUAUCUACUGCAUCAGAGCUUUCAGGGCAGAGCAAUAUUGCUGGAUCCCUGUCAAACCUUUCCUGAAGUCAAUUAUUUAAUUGUUCACUUACUCUUACAACACCUCAAAAAAGAAAAGAAAAAAGGUCAAUUUUCCAACCUCAAGGACCGUAUUUUCUCUCACCCGGCUUAUGGAAAACACCCACUUGCUAAUCUUUAAAGCUGAAAUCUUAAAUAAAGGACACUUUGGGCAGGUUAACCGCAGAUAUUCACUUGCCUCUACUCUGACAUUUUCACAGAACCAUUGCUACAGGAUGCUAGAGUGGCCUCAGUCAUAAAUGACUUUCAAAAGGGACGGUCCUCCGUUCAAAGAGUUUAAAAAGCCACUGAAGUAAAGGGGGGAGGGGUUAAGGGACCAGAAAUAAUAUGAAAAGCAUUCCUAACUUUCUCACUAUGAAUGGGGUGGGGAAUUUGGCGUAACAGUUUCUGCUCAACUUCCUUUAUACGAGCCAGAUGCCCCCCUUCUGUUUUUUUUAGAAAGAAAAGUUUUUACCCUGUUGUAGAAAGCUAAAAAAGAGGGUGUAAUUUCCCUGAAGCUAUCCCAGCUGCGGUAUUUGGAGCAGUCCCAUGCCCCGAGAAGGAGCAGAAGGGCUGGAGCAUCCUGCUGCCAAGUCACAGGUCGUUACUACACCUGCUUUCCCCCCAGGAUCGUCCUGGGAUCAUCCCUGUGCAUCCAAAUGACACACAGGGGAUCCCGGGAGCAGGCAAGGACGAUCCCUUCAUUUUCCUGGGAUAAUCCUUAGGUGUAGAAAGAAAGGGCCACAGAGAAGAUUACAGGGAGUACAAGCUCCGUCAGUUGUGAAUUCCCUGAAGCUACCCCAGCUGCAGCGUUUGGAGCAGUCCCAGGGCGUGAGACGCCGCUAAAGGGCUUUUUACAGCCGGAGAGGGUGCUUCCAGCUCUUUGCCAAUAAGAUCCUCUCGGACAGCCAAGAGCACUUGAGACUCCCUUAGGGAACCAUGAGGAGAGGAGCGGUGGAACAAAGGACAAUGAAUGAACCAAGGGCUUCAGCGGAGAGGGAGACUUAAAAAGAACAUAAGCUGUAGCUGCUAUGCCUCAUCUCCUCCUGCCAUUCUUUGGCCUUUUUUUCUUCCUUUCACUGACGUCCACCUCUGCCUCUGAAAAUGACACCAUGGUGGUCACCAGCAGUGGUCCUAUUAAAGGCAAGCGGGUCUUAACUGGCGCUGGUUCUGUGACAGCCUAUCUGGGCAUCCCCUACGCUGAGCCACCUCUGGGAAAACUGCGUUUCCAGAAGCCCCGCCUACAUCGGCCAUGGAAUUCAGUCUUGGAGGUCACCAAAUUUGGCAACUCUUGUCCCCAGACAAAUAUUUCUGGCUUCCCCAAUGCAGAAAUAUGGGCUGCCAACACACCACUUUCGGAGGACUGCCUCUUUCUCAACAUCUGGGUGCCCCAUCCACCCCCCUUGGGGUCAAUGCCUAUCCUUGUAUGGUUCCAAGGAAUGGGUUUUAUAACUGGCACAGCCUCACUUGAUAUCUAUAAUGGAGCGUUAUUAGCUGCAACUGAGAAUGUCAUUGUGGCCUCCAUCAAUUACCGCUUGGGGGCACUGGGUUUUCUAUACAUGCCACCAGAUGCCCCAGGAAAUGUUGGCUUGUGGGACCAAUGGCUGGCUCUCAAGUGGUUGAAAGCGAAUGCUGAUGUCUUUGGUAGUCAAGCGAAUCAAUUGACUCUCGUUGGCCACAGUGCUGGAGCAGCCAUGGUGGGUUUCCAUCUGCUCUCACCAGUAAGCAACCCUCUUUUUGCCCGUGCUGUGCUUCAGAGUGGGGUCCCCAAUGCCAUCUGGCCUUGGAAGAGCCCCCAAGAGGCCAAACUAGAUGCAGUGAUGCUCAGCGGCCUUGUGGGGUGUGCUAAUGAUAGCCAGAGUGCCGUGAUCAGCUGCCUACAGGAUAUAGAGAUUGGGGGCCAGGCAUUUUCUCACUUCAAUACAAUCAACUCAUUGACAAUUGAUGGAGAGUUCCUCCCAGAUGAGCCCCAGAAGCUCUUGGAGACCAUACCCUUUCGGGGCAAACCAAUUCUCACUGGAAUCACAGCUGAUGAAGGGUCACCCUAUGUGUUACUUAUGUAUCCUGAGACCAAAGAAAAUGGUGGGAUAUUAACCUGGGAGCAGCUCCUUAAGGGAGUGAUGGGAACCAUGAAAAAAGGAACUAAAAAACACGUUGCCAAGGCCGUAGCGCUGAAGUUUAGUGAAGGUUACCAGGGCCCAGAACGGUACCGUUUGGCCUUCGCUCAGUAUUUCCGAGAUUAUUUCUUUUUGUGCGCAAUGGAUGAAUUUGCUGCAAAGAUGAGAGAAACCAAAAUCCAGACGUUUUAUUACAGACCUGAUAUAUUUAGUGUCGUGUAUGAAGAUAUGGAGACCCCUGUGUACGUUUAUUCCUUCGAUCAUCGCACUUCAGGCUCUGAAUGGCCUGCAUGGGUACAGACACCCUAUGGAGUUGAGAUUCCUUACUUAUUUGGAAGCUUAGCAUCAGUGUUGCCAAGAAACGAAUCAGCCAAACCAUCUGAGGUUGCAUUGAGCCGCCAGGUGAUGCGAUAUUGGGCCGAGUUUGCCAGAAGUGGGAAACCCACUCCAUCCACGAAUAAGGUACAAUGGCCAGUGUACGACGCCACAGAGAAGAAAGUCUUCUGCAUCAGCACAGAUGCUCCCCAGGUCAAACACCCAUCACCUGCCCCACACUGUGACUUCCUGGAUGGACUUCGUGUGACUGCAAUACGGACAAAGAACUCCGAAGAAGACACGGCUUGACCCAUUUUAGAGAAAGACUCGAAAAACGCUGCAAGAACCUACAAAGCCAGAAUACAAAAUACUUUGCGUUACUUGUGACAAUUGAUCAGUUGCUUACAGUGUCAAUCACAGAUGCCUAGAAACAGUUUAGCAAGGUACAUACAUUGUGGCAUCUGUAUCCAGGUGCAAAUAUGUAAUGUGGUGAUUGUUUAUGGGGUGAACCUGAACAAAUGUAUUUUUUGUGAACCGCCCAGAGAGCUUCGGCUA